AUGAGUGCGCUAAAUCCAGCACUACAGUUCAGAGACUUCAUCCAGGUUCUCAAAGAUGAAGAUGACUUAAUUGAAAUUACCAAAGAAGUUGAUCCAAAUCUAGAGGUGGGUGCAAUUAUGAGAAAAGCAUAUGAAUCCAAAUUGCCAGCUCCAUUCUUCAAAAAUAUCAAAGGCGCUUCAAAAGAUCUUUUCAAUAUUUUAGGUUGUCCAGCCGGUUUGAGAAACAAAAAGAAAGGUGAUCAUGGUAGAAUUGCUCAUCAUCUCGGACUCGACCCAAAGACGACGAUCAAGGAAAUCAUCGACUAUUUGCUGGAAUGUAAGAAUAAGAAACCGUUGCCCCCAUCUAGCAUCUCUGCUUCUUCCGCUCCUUGCAAGGCACAUGUCCUCUCUGAAGAAGAAAUACAUCUGGAGAGUUUGCCAACGCCAUAUCUACAUACUUCCGACGGUGGAAACUACUUGCAAACGUACGGAAUGUGGAUUCUUCAAACUCCAGAUAAAAAAUGGACUAACUGGUCAAUUGCUAGGGGUAUGGUCGUCGAUGACAAGCAUAUUACAGGUUUAGUAAUAAAGCCACAGCACAUUAGACAAAUUGCGGACGCUUGGGGGGCAAUUGGCAAAGGAAAUAAGAUUCCUUUCGCACUUUGUUUUGGUGUUCCCCCUGCAGCUAUUCUAGUCAGUUCCAUGCCAAUUCCUGAAGGUGUGUCCGAAUCGGAUUAUGUCGGUGCAAUUUUGGGCAAGCCAGUGCCAGUAGUAAAAUGCGAAACUAACGAUUUAAUGGUUCCUGCAACUAGUGAAAUUGUUUUUGAGGGCACUUUAUCCUUAACAGACACCCAUGCAGAAGGUCCAUUCGGUGAAAUGCAUGGAUAUGUUUUUGGAGGUCAAGGUCAUCCAUGCCCCUUGUAUACUGUCAAGGCAAUGACUCACAGAGACAACGCUAUUCUACCUGUAUCAAAUCCAGGCCUUUGUACAGACGAAACACACACAUUGAUUGGUUCACUGGUGGCUACUGAAGCUAAGGAGCUUGCAAUUAAAUCUGGUCUACCAGUUCUCGAUGCUUUCACGCCAUAUGAAGCUCAAGCUCUAUGGCUUGUCUUGAAGGUGGACUUGAAACGGCUGCAAGCACUGAAAACUACCCCCGAGGAAUUCUCUAAGAAGGUUGGUGACAUCUACUUUAGAACGAAAGUUGGUUUUAUCAUUCAUGAGAUUGUUUUGGUCGCAGAUGACAUCGACAUAUUUAACUUCAAAGAAGUUUUUUGGGCCUAUGUCACGAGACACACUCCAGUUGCUGACCAGACUGCUUUUGACGAUGUGACUUCCUUUCCUUUGGCUCCCUUUGUUUCACAGUCACCUAGAAGCAAGACUAUGAAAGGUGGAAAGUGUGUUACCAAUUGCAUCUUCAGACAGCAAUAUGAACGCGAUUUUGAUUACGUUACUUGCAGCUUUGAAAAGGGAUAUUCGAAGGAGUUGGUCGAUAGAAUAAAUGAAAAUUGGAGGGAGUAUGGCUACAAAUAA